GUCUACAUAUGCCACCAUCGUGGCCCCGGCCUACCACUGCGACGCCCCGCCCUGACUCUUUCUCUUUGCCUUGCGCCUUGCUGCUGGCCGAAUUUGCCUGAAGGGAUUAAUUGAUAAACACGCGAAGUGCUCGCCGCAGACGGCAUAUAUGAGGUCUAGGCUGUUCACCAUGAGUCACGGUCCACGGCAACGACGGUCUCCCGUCCUGGCUUUCCAAGGCUUUGCUCAUUGUCUGGUCGGAGAACAUGGCUUUCCAGAGGCUCUCUGGCUUCUGCCUUAUGCUGGGCAUGACUCUAGCAGCGUUGCCUGUCAUAACGAACGCUCUUGCCGACUCGCAGCGCACCCUCGAGCUGCAGGUCGAACGCGAGCGCGCUCCUCUGCCAGCAGCUAACUGGACGAAGUCUUUCUGGAUAAACACACCAGGCGCAAAUCCCCUCGCUGGCGAAGGCAGCGAGGGCCCGCUCACGGAUGACGCCGAUGUAUGCAUCAUUGGCAGUGGACUCACAGGUGUGUCGGCGGCGUAUCACUUGGGCAAGCAGCUAGAGAGCAGCGAUCGCGGGGAGCAGCUGAAGGUUGUUGUACUGGAUGCUAGAGACUUUUGUGCCGGGGCGACAGGUAUGGUAUACCGAUCCGCUGUGAACGGCCUACUGAAUAAUGACAUCCGAAUCAGGACGCAACGGCGGGCACUUGUCUCUAUUGCUUUCAACAGCUUCAAUCUUGCAUCGCAGAGGUUCGGCACAGAUGAAGUCUUGCGAUGGCUCGCCCUCGAGCGUCAUACUGUCACUGAGAUUGUGAAGAUCGUCGAGGAGCAUGGUUUGGAGGAAGCAGUGGAUCUGGUCAACAGCGGGAGGAUAGAGCUUUUGAUCACUCCGGAGGAACUGGCGGAUGCGCAAGCCGACUACAAGGCAGCCAGGGCUGCAGGCGCAAACCUUGAUGAUGUCCAAUGGUUGACAGAGAGCGAGACAUUCGGGUCGUCGUACCCUGGCUAUCUCCACACUGGCUACAAUAUAUGGCCCCUCAAGUUCGUUACCGAGCUUUACAAGCUUGCCGCUGCUUCCUCAGCUCUGAACCUCACCCUGCAUACGCGCACGCCCGUCACCUCCAUCACGCCUUCCAACAAUUCUUCUGCGUCGUCUUCGUCACGCCCUUGGACGCUGAGCACUCCCCGCGGGUCCGUUGCAUGCACGCGCAUCAUCCACGCCACAAACGCUUAUGUCUCACACCUACUCCCACAUAUGCGCGGACCCACAGGCGUGAUACCCGUCCGCGCACAGGUUAUGGCUCUACGUGCCGCUGUACCUGUCGAGUCUAUCUCGCGGCAUGCAUGGACGGGCAACGAAGGCUUCGAGUACUGGUUCCCGCGUCCGUUGGAUGAAGGCCAGGAACACCCGUUGGUUAUCAUAGGCGGCGGACGAGACGCAACGGGGCCAGAGUACGAGUUGUAUGUAGCUGACGACUCCACAAUCAAUGCGAGGGCGGGAGCUGCAAUCAGGAAGUUCCUGCCUGCGUUGUUCCCCGGCAAGUACGAGGAAGGGCGCGAACCGGAAAUGGAGUGGACGGGAAUCAUGGGAUACACAGCUAACAGCGAUCCGUUUGUGGGGCCCGUCGUCGAUCCUUCCAGUCCUACGGACAACUACGAAGGCCAGUUCCUUUCUGCAGGGUACAGUGGACACGGCAUGCCGCGUGCAUUUGCUUGUGCGGAAGCCUUAGCCCAGAUAGUUGCGGCGGAGAUUAUGGGCAAGUCCUGGUCUCCACCGGAUUGGCUACCCAGACAUUACCUUACACAGUCGUUGUAAGACUGCAUACGAAGCGCGAUGUAUCAGAUUUGUUGUAUGCCGUGAUAAGAUUCGCUGCUGCGCUCUCAAGGUCUGACAACUUGAAGGCAGUUGUCCACCACAGAAGCAGAUA